CUUACUGUCAACGCCAAAAUAAAACGAGUAAAAAAAACUUUUCUGUCGGAUUCAUAAGUAGAAACACAUGGCAGCGAGGAAACAAGGCUGCGAGUAAAAGCCCCUUUAUCUCCACACUGUAAUGGUUGCUGGGACUCGGCAUUGUUCGCGCAGCAGAGGAGGCUCUUUUUUUUUUCUCCUCUCUUUCUUUCCUGGGGGUCGCACGGCGAGAGCCAGCGGGCUGUAUCAGUUUAGCCGACCUGCUAGCUAACGUCAAGUUGUGAGAAAAGUGGAGAAGACGGCGGCUAAACGGGAGCUUAUCCGCCUACACAGACCUAUGCGACGGAUAGCAGGUGAGUGAUGGAGACGAGAGAGUUGACUGUGGUAGCUGGCAGCUUCGUGGGUUUCCAGCUUCUCUUCUCAGUGGCAAGCCCACUGCUCUCCUUCGCCAUCACACCGGGUUAUGGACUGCAGCCUUCCACCAAGCUUACCGAGUGGAACUCAAGGUUGGUUUCAACUGUGCACGCGCUGAUUGUGGGGUUGUUCUGUCUGUACAUCCUGUGGUUCGACGAUGCGGUCAACGCCAACCCCGUCUGGGGUGACCCCAGUCUCGUCAAACUAAAUGUAGCCAUAACCUGUGGUUACCUCCUUUAUGACCUUGUGCUGCUUGCAUGUAACUGGAGCACUAUGGGGGACAGCUUUUUUGUCUGUCACCACUUGGCGGCGCUCUAUGCAUAUGGAUAUGUGCUGACACGUGGCGUGCUUCCAUACUUUGCCAACUUUCGUCUCAUUUCAGAGUUGUCCACACCGUUUGUGAACCAAAGGUGGUUCUUUGAGGCAUUAAAGUACCCUCGCUCACACCGGCUAGUGGUGUUAAACGGCAUUGCGAUGGCGGUGGUGUUUUUCCUGGUACGCAUUGCCGUCAUGCCAUCUUACUGGGCCAGUGUAUUCGCCACAUUUGGCACUCAAGACUUUGAGAGGCUGGGCUUGGGUGCCCAGGUGGCCUGGAUCACCUCCUGCAUCGCCCUGGAUAUCUUAAACACGGUCUGGAUGUAUAAGAUCGCCCGCGGCUGCUACAAGGUCAUGACCGGGAGGGGAGGACGGAAGGCCAAGGAAGGAGCAAAGGCAUCGUCUUCCUCAGAUGGGAAGCAUGUCAACAACCACACAGACUAAGGAGAUGUAGAGCAAAGGAUAUGUAGACACAGACAUAAGCAGGGAGGGAGGCUGGACAUUCAGGAACCUCACAGCCUCUCUCUUUAGCUCUAGCCUCAGCGUCCCUCACAGCCCCACCCUUGAAUCACCCCAAUCUCAGCCCUUGAUCUCCUUGUCGGCUAGUGGACCGGGCUAAGAGUCCUCGGGUUCUGACCCCGACACAGGACAAGGACACCGCUCGUUGACUCACUCAAGCACCAGCCUUUGCAGCCUCAGUAUUUUCACUGACAGCUCAGCAUCCUGCUGGGUGAUAGCUUUCGGUCGUAGACCGCAAGGUAGAGCUCGCAAGCACACCUUUUACUCUGUCACUCGCCUCUUCCGUCCCUACCACCAUUCCCCUCUCAUCUCCCCUGAGUCUCCUCUCAUGCUCAACUUCAGCCAAAGCCCAAUCCUCUGAAGUGCCUGUGAAAGACAGGAAAGCAAUAAUUGUGGAGGACUAAAAUCUCCAAGUCUAACAGAGCUUAGCCCCUUCAGAAGACAACCCUCUCUUGCUUGCUAUUGCUCCCGAACGACUGGAGGCUCCUUCUGUUGUUCAUACUCCGUCCACACUCUAGGAGACAUGGCCCACAGAGUGACGAACUCUCACAUCAGAUCCAUACAGUGUUUGUGAAUCUAUAGGGCUCUUGUCUUAAACUCAUCAGACCUCACAAAAAGAGACAGAAAAAACACCAUAAUGCCUCUUCUACAGUAUCACCUGCUGUGGCCUCCUUGUAACAAGUGGCGCCUGCCUGUAUCACCAGCCAUGCCCCUCCAACCCCCUAACAAUUUGGAUUAUAUAUUUAAAAAAAAAAAACUAGGAAUAUGCAUGCAGGAGAAAGAAACUCUCCAACAUCCUUAGCUUCUCACAUGACGAUUUUGCCUUUUCAGUAUUCAAUGCGUUUGCAUCACUGUGCUGUACUUUGCCCUCUCUAUUCUCUUAUUUUACAAAACCCAAAGUCGUUAGCAGUUACAGUAACGCGUCUAAUUCAUAUUACAUCCAUUGCAACCCUCUGCCUCACUGGAUACUCCACCAUCCAGCUUGAACGUUUGGUUUUGUUCUACCUCUCCCCCUGCCUUACAAAGACGUUGUCAAUCCCUUAGUUGUGACAUAGUUAACAUUUUUGUUUUCUUUCUACUGUAAAGAGUGAUUUUAGCCUUUAAGAUAUUAUCUGUCGUGAUAUCACUGAUUCAGAGGAACUUCUUUCUCUCUCUCUCUCUUACCGCCUUUAGAGCUUAUCCCAGCCAAUGCAGUGAAACAGAGCAGCAUCACAUUUCUCACCCAACUGUGUCCACUCAGUGUAUCUUUCUAGAGAAACUCCCCCGGAGACUUUUAUACUUCCAUUAAUCUCUUUUGGUUCUCAGUGACUCCUUAAUGAGGAACGGCGCAGAAAACGUACACACACACACACGAGUGCGAACUUUUUCUGCUCCAUUCUUCAAGUUUGCACACGCAAAGCAUAUCGUGCAAACUAUAUACACUGUAUUUGGUGCCCUUCUAAAACACUGACACGGUGCUCUUCUUUUGCAGAUUGUCAGCAAUAGGAAUGCUAGUAAUAUGGCAUUUUACAAAAGUUUCUAAUAUCUAAUAAAUUUGGAUGUUCCAGUCUGUGUCAACAAUAGGCUGUCACUGUCAAAAGCAAUGUGGCAAUCUGCAUGUUUUUUGUUUUCUGUAUAAACUGUAUCAUCACUAUAGAGCAUGGUAAGAUUGACAUAUUUCUGUGAUGCCUUAGUGAAUAGUCAAGGUAGAUGAUUAACAUCUAAAUAUUAAUUGCAUUAAUCUAAUGCUUAAAAGGGGUUUGUCUUCCAAAACAGUUUUUUGCCUUUGAGAUAGUGAAUGCAUGCCUUUUUGAUUUUCUCCUCUCCCUGCAUGUCUGUACAAUAUAUACAGAUACAGUGGUUGUGCAGAUACCCUCUGCAUACUGUAUGGCUAACUGACUAAUCAUUGCCACAUCCUCUGUAUGCCAGUCGACAUUUCUUGGUUUUACAAACUCAUUAAUUCCUCUCGUAGUACAGUCUCCUGUUAACAGACGCUAAGAACUACAUAGCUGAUAUCAUGACAGACAGAGAUACAAGAGGGUGUUUCAUGUUUGGCUUUUGUCCCAAAACUAGAAAUGAACUAAGGACAAGAUCACAUGUUUACUCCUGUUUCCUUUUUGCUUAAAAGAGUACUCCACCGAUUUAGCAUUAUACUCCUGUGACAUUGUCGCACUAACAAAGGACAAUCCAUGCAUCCAACACAAGCAGAUAUUUUAGCCAGGUUUUGAUCCAAAUGUGGUGUAAAUUUUAACCAAAUUUAAAAGAAAUCUGCAAGAAAACUACCAUUGUGCAGAUAUUUGGAAUUGGUAUAUUACAGCUUUUUGCAAUACUUUGAGGUUUGUUUGGGCUUUCUGUUGUUUUAAGUUUUCGAUCAGUUUUUUUAAUCCGCAUUUUCAAUUUGUGCAUAACAGCUGGAUGGAAACAUACAUACCUUUUUAAUUCCACAACGGUGUGUUAGGCUAGUAGCAGCUAAUGUGCAAAUAUGAGGAGCUGCUACACACACCCGGAUCUUUUUUUAUUUUCAAACUUGUAGUUUUUCAGCCCCACCUGAUGCGGACUCAAGUGACAUCACUUGAGGAAAAUUAUCAUCCACAAAAAGCUUUAUAUAACUUUUUUCCUGUCCUUUUUCUUCCCAAGAUGUGUAAACAGACUUUGAUGACUGAAAUCGGUGGAGUUGCCCUUUAAGUCUUUAUAGCUAGUUAUGAUCUGGUCUGAGAAUGUCUGGUGGUGUUUUCACUGUGGAACUAUAAAGCACACUCCCUGUGGAGCAAUAACUCAGCGAUCUCCUGUAUUUCUGUCUGUCACCACAGAGGAGGGGCUACAGUAUCUUGUGCCUUUACACAAAUGGUGGAUGUGAUGCAGCCAGAUUUGGAUUAGCAUGACCUUUCUAGUGUAAUAUCCAGUGAUUAUCUCCUGUGUAUUCCAUAUGUAUACUCUAUGUAUAUAUUUUUAUAAUCUGCCUGCACAAUGAUUAAUCCGGCCAAGUAUUAUAAUCCAAAGCUGAUCCCUUUCGAGGAGCCUGUUUUGUGGUGAUUUGUGCUCUCCUGAAUACAGGGGUAUGUCUCUAUGAAUGUUGUGAUGAGUUAUUUAGUGGCAUUAAGAUGAGCUCACAGUGUCCAAGGUGAUGAGAAUGAAAAUCAAUCUAUAUUUUUUGACAUAAGCUCUUCAAGAUAUACAGGUAGUUGAUGGUAAGGCUAACAUCUCAUUUCCUUGGCCUCCUAAACUCAAAGCUGUGAAUAGUUGUGGAAUAAAACUGUAAUACCGUUCAGUCACGACACUAGAAUGAUUAGACUACAGUGUGGGAGACUUCCUAAAAACUGGCUGAGCAGUGAUGCCAAUACACUUGUUGUAGCAGCACCCUGUGCUUCUGGUUGAGUUUAGACUGAGACUACUCUCUGAUGUAGGUCUCGUGCACAAAAUAAAAAACUACAUAUAUAACAAUGACAGUAUGUUGCCUGGUUGUCUAUGGACAGUUUUUUGUUUUUUGUAUUUGUAAGGGUUUUCUACAGAAUAUAUUUCAAGACCUGAUAUUUGCUGUAUCUCACACCCUGUGGCUGUUUGAAAACCGACAGAAUGAAUUAAAGAUUGAGUUUGAGGCUGCUAUUGUAAGGCCAUGAUCUGUAUUGUAUCAGGUUAGAACAACCAUAUUGCCUUUGUUUCUUUGGGGAGGCCAAUGUUCAUUAUGUUAUAUAAUGAAUCUAUUUAAAUAAAUAUAAAGGUAUGUACAAAUCUGUAUAUAUCUGUGAUCGAGUCUUGAAACCAGAUGCACACUGUACUAAACUCUGUUUUGGUCCUUUUUUGUUUCAUUUGGAUGACAGUAUGUCAUCUUCUGUACAUUAUAACAAAGCUGUAAGAAUCUGGUUUUUCAACAGUGUAUUCUGCCAGUCUUCUCAAGGUUACAUGUGGUACUUAGGCAACUAGUAUUUUUGCCCCCUUUUUGUUCUGAAAUACUUGAUUUCAAGUUAAAUCCUAGGUGUACGAUGAAAAAGAAUGAACUGAAUUUCACAAGGAUGACAACAUUUCUAUAUGUUUAAGAAUGACUGGAAAAAUUGCAGACAAACUGAUAAUCAAAAACUUGCCAGUUUUUUUUUUUCUUUUGAAUGACUUGCCAGUGUGGCUUAUGUUCCUUCUCUUUUUUUUGUCUAUUUUUAUUUUGUCUUUUAAUGCAAUUUCUUGUUCUGAUCUGUCUUUGUUUUCUGGAGAUUUUAAUGUGAAACAGCUUACACUACACACAGGCCUUAGGGUCCUUAUCUGAGCAUUACCUUGUGACUCGGAUUGUUGUCGUCUACAAUGACCACUACUAAUGAUCAUGUAACUGUAGUGCUGAAAGCUGAGACUUACUUGAAAGUUGCUCUUCAAUAAAGUUGAAGACAAGAGAA